CGCCGAUCGCGCGCCCCCUCGCACCGCGACUAACAUGUCCCAAAGAUAUUACGUAACCAAGUCGAAGCCAGCAUGACCGCCGAAGGGGAGAAAGUGGGCGCCGAGCAGCUGGCGCCGCAUUCGGCGCCCGUCCUGAGCGUCGGCUGCAAAAUCCUGCGGUCGCCGAGCCACGAGAGCGUCACCACCGAUCUGUCGUUGUUGUCGGUGUCGUCGUCGACGACGUCGGACGCGCUGGGCGGCAGGCGAUCGCUCAAUUUGCACAAGUGCGAUCAGGCGCAGUUCGUCAGGGGGCAUAGCCCCAAUCCCGAGCACCGGAAUCCCAACAGACCAGCAGACAUCCCGGAGAUCCUCUGGUUCGAAGAAGAAACGGAGCUGAUCCGCAGCUGCGCCGCCCUCUCGUCGGCCGUCGGCCUCCAAAAGAGCUUCAGCACGUCGGACAUCAGCCAGCUGCCGUCGCCGGAGGAGGCGCGCCGCCGCUCGCGCCCCGCCGUCUCCGAGCUGGCGCUCAACUCGCUCCAGCGCUCCGGCUACCUCCUGGAGCACGCCCGGCUCGACCAGACGUCGCGCUCCUGCUCGACGUGGGUGGCCGUCGGCGACGUCGCUUCGGCGUCGCAGCUGCCCUCGCCGCACGGCGGCCAAUCGGGCGCCGGCGGCCAGUCGGGCGCCGGCGGUAAUUCGGUCGCCGGCGCCCAGCCUCAAACGGCGAGCGCGCCUCCGCCGCCCGUCUUCACCGCCGCCGAUUUCAUCAGGUCCGUCAACAAGAAGGUGCGCCAGAACUACAUCAGGAGGCGGCUGUUGACCACCUACAAGGCCAUCGAGCGGUUGUCGCAGAGCGAGUUCAAUUUGGAUAGAUUAGAGAUGACUACGAACGAGUCCUGCAAGGAUGACCACCAGCCUGCUCCUUCUCGACUAACUGUUCCAGGUUCCAGUCCAACGCCCGGCAAGAGUCCAACGGGCACUCACGGCAACGCCGCCAUGUUGAGGGCGGCCAAACAAAGGGCGGGGAAGAACCUGCCGUUGACCAUCAGGGACGUGGAAAGGGAGCGGGGGAAGCCCCUCUCGAAGUACGAAAGGAACAUGAUGAUAUUCAAUUGGCUGCACACGCUCGACGACACGGCCUACGUGGAGGGCAUCCAGUAAUCGAUUAUUAAUCGAUUCAUCGAUCGAUCGUUACGCCGCUCGCAGAUGACUAGAUUAAAAUUUUCUCGUUUGGAAGAAACAUAUCCGGAAGUGUGUAUAUAAUUGUAUACGUGUGUAAAACAAAGACGACUGCUAAAAUUGUUAAAUUUCUACUGCAAACCAAAAGUUUUUUCGAAUUUCGCGCUUCUUUUUCUGUGGCUGAAUUCGCUCGACUGAACGGGCCGGUUGUUCCUGCUCGAAGGACCUUCUCGCAGGACGCGGGAGAGAAAGGAUCGUUCGAGGACGAAUUGUGAUAUAAUAAUCUCAGAUUAAACUCUGUUCCGAUGAUACAAAAAAGAAAAACCUCAUGAAGUCUGAUGUAAAGAAAACUGUAACUAGACUACUUGAUUUUUAGCGACUUUUUCGAGACACACGUUAUUAUUAUUAUUAUUAAAUAUUAUUAUUAAAUCGCUUGUGCUCUAACAUUAUUGACAAAUUUACGAAGAUGUUUGUAAUAAGAUAAACAAAUACCUGGAUCUAUUAUUAUCAAUGUUUGAUAUAUUUGUUAAUUGUGAGUCAUAUCAAAUAAUACAAGUUUAU